CCUCAGCCUCGCCCCUCUGCGCCUCACUCGCAGCACUGCGCACUGUCCCUUCACCCCUCUCCCAGCAUGGCCACUCUCGCCGCUGCACUCGACGCGCUCUCGCGCCAGCUCGCCGACGUGCGCACGCACCAGCUGCCCGCCCUCUCCAGCGCACCUUCCGCCGACGCCCUGCGGCGCGCCGAGGCCGACGUGCGUGCCGAGCUGGCACGCGCUGAUGCUCAGGCAAAGGAGCUCGUGCUCGAGCUGCCCGAUGCCGUGGGCAGCGCGGAGCAGCAGCGCGAGUGGACGCAGCAGGUGCAGCGACUGGCCAAGGACGUCGAGGCACUGCGCGGCGAGUUCCGCACGGCUCUCCUCGCUGGCCGACGAGCCGUGGCCAGCGAAGGCGCCACUGCAGCGCGGCGCGAGCUAGGUCUCGACUCAAGCUCAUCCAAGAGCGCAGUCAAGGGCGAUGACAAGCUUGCAACUGCCUCUUCAGACGUCACCACCGCCUUGCAGCGCACCGUCGCCUCCAUGUCCGCCGAGCUCGAGAAGUCUUCCUACUCUUCCGCACUUCUCGACGAGUCCUCUUCCGCCAUGCAAGGCAUCUCCACAGAGUACACUUCCUUCGGCGACAUGCUGCGCAACAGCGGCACGUUGAUCCGCAGCAUGGAGCGCGCCGACUUGAUCGACGCCGCCAUCCUGGCCGGCGCGGCGCUCUUCUUCGUGCUGUGCAUCGCCUACAUCCUCAAGGUGCGCGUGUGGGACAGAGGCGUCGGCAUCCUCUCGUUCUUCUGGCGCUUCAUCUCCCUUGGCCGCUCUCCGGGAGACGUGAAGGAGAAGUAUCAACUCGCGCAAGAUGCUGCGUCUGCUGCGAAGGCUUCAGCCAAGGAGUCGUCGAUCAGCGCCAGCAAGAGCUUGGCGGCGGCAGCAGCGGCUACGGCAAAGGAUGUCGCCUCGAGCGCGAGCGCAAGUCUAGCUGCCAGCAAGAGCAUGGCAGCCGCCGCGGCUUCUACAGCAAAGGACGCGGCCACCAGCGCCACUGCCAGUCUGGCCUCCAGUGCCAAGGCAGCAUCAGAAAGCGCCAGCGCCAGCCUCUCAAGCGCCGCAGAGGCUGCCACGCCGGCAGUCACGCGCGUCACGGACGUGCUCAAGGCGGCGGCCAGUACGGCGGCGGCCGUGGCGGCGGCAUUUGACAUGGGCGGAGAAGACGCCGAGGAGAUCGCGGAGGCGCAGGAGGAUCUGAGUGGAGGCAUGGCAGAGGGAACGUGGGGCGUCAUCACCGAUGAUGACGAGGACACGGAGGAGAAGGACAGAGAGGAGAGGCUGAAAGAGUCGGCUAAGCACAUCGAGCUGUAGAGACAGCCAUGCCGCGCGGGAAACAAGAACGACGAGCACGCACGAACAGCACACACAUUCACAAUCACGGCAGCCAAAUGAGAUCAAGUCUUUGACACGUCGCGGAAUGAGACCGAGGUACAAGCUGCGAGGCGGACAGAAGCGCCCCGGGAAGGGUAUGUGCCCGAGAGAAGGAUGACGUCGAGAGAUAGACGGAGCGACGACAGAGAGACGGU